GAUCUUACUUAGUGUAAUCAGCCAGCAAAAUCCGGGCCGGCCACGAUGCAAAGUCUGUGUGUGUGCCUUGUCCACGGGGGUGCAGAAAGCGGUAAGAUCGUCGUCGGUGGAACCAAGAUCUCCAAACAGUGGACAUGGACAUCAUCAUCAAGGCCCCAACAAUCAAUCCAUGGCCCAUCCAUUCCGCUGCUGCAGCCUUUCGGCUUUUACACUACUGUAAGAGAUGCCCGUCUCUGGGGGAAACCUAGAGCCUACCUACCUAGAACGGAGGUCGGAACGACGGAUGCAGCCGCUCGUUUGGCUGAACGAAUUGGGGUGGAUGAUCUUCAGCAACAACAAUAUAUGUAA